UAUUUCAAAACGCAAUGAAUCAGUUUCCACUCCUUGUAAAAUGUCGGAUGCCAAAACCCACGAAUGAAAGUCGAUUUUUUGGUGGUGUUUCCCAGGCUCGAAAGCAAAGCACGAUUUUCACUCGAGACGUCUCACGAUUCGAGCUAAAGACUCCCCGUUCCCGUUACGCAUCGCUAACCUAUCCCUAUCAAUCUCGAGAGGUGGUCACUAAAUGUCACAAUUGCAGCUACCGAUGUUGCAACCAAGAGGCGAGCCCCAGGUGGCCCACGGUUUUACAGAAUCCUUUGAAAGAGAUGACUGAUUCCGAUGGAAAACAAGACCGUGUGGAUGGACUGUUUCCAGUGCAUCAAAAUCUCCAGGGAGCUAGAGAAAUGGCAGACGAACAAGUGAGGGAGAUGACAACGGAAAGAGCACUAACAACCUCAACAACAGCAGAAAAGCGAACAAGAACAGCCUUUACACCCAUUCAGCUUCUUGUGUUGGAAACGGCGUUUGAGAAGAACCACUAUGUCGUUGGAAUGGAACGAAAACAGCUCGCAAUUUAUCUCAAGUUGACCGAACAACAAGUGAAAGUUUGGUAUCAAAAUAGAAGAACUAAAUAUAAGAAAAGUGUUCAACAGAGUUUCUCAUAAUGCCCUACUUAAGACAAGUGAAACUACAUUUCAAAUAAAA